AUUUUAUUUGUACACCAAAAACAUGAAAAUGGUCUCGAUUACAAAAACCAUAUUCCUUCUCCAGAUUUGGAUAUUGGUAAAUGUCUCACCAUACCAGCUUGUUCAUUGCAAAUUUUCACGACUCGAACUUCCAUUUCGAACCUUUGGCCCUGACUCUACUGCUUUCGACGCAAAAGGUGACGGACCUUACACUGGUGUUGGAGAUGGCAGAGUACUCAAAUAUCAAGGUCCAAAUAUUGGCUUCACUGAAUUUGCUAUUACAUCACCAAAUAGGAUCAAGGCAAGAUGUGAUGGCACAAAUGACCCUAUAUCACAACGAAUGUGUGGAAGACCUUAUGGCCUUGGAUUUUACUUCAAAACUGGUGACCUCUAUAUAACUGAUGCAUAUUAUGGCCUCUUGGUGGUUAGACCAAGCGGAGGACAAGCUACCCAACUUGUUACUGGCUUUGACGGCAAGCCUUUUGGCUUUCUCGACUCAUUAGACAUCGACCAGGAAAAGGGAAUCGUUUAUUUCAUAGAUUCAGGAGCCAUAUUCAAAACUAGGCUUCUAUUUGCUCUAAGCGGAGAUACAACAGGGAGAUUAUAUAAGUAUGAUAUAAGAACAAAAAAGGUCACAUUAUUGCUAACUGGACUAUCAGGGCCAGCAGGGGUGGCACUCAGCAAAGAUAAUUCAUAUUUAUUAAUCACAGAAUCUAUUGGUCGAAGAAUUCGAAGGUUUUGGCUCAAAGGUGCACAAGCAAAUUCAUCUGAUGUUUUCAUAAACGUUGAUGGAAAUCCAGAUAACAUAAAGAUGACUGCAUCAGGAGACUUUUGGGUGGCUAUUGUCAGCAUCAAUAAACAACUGAUUCCGCCCAUAUCGUCGAUAGGACAAAGGAUAAAUCAGUUCGGAGAAGUCGAGGAAACGCGUGAUUUCACAGAUUUAUUUAAGAGUCCUACUGGGAUAACUGAAGUUCAUGAAUAUAAAGGCAAACUUUACAUUGGGUCUUUAGUCCAUAAUUUCGUUGGUCUGUCUAGUCCAACAUAAGCUUUGCAGUAAGUAGCAUCUACACUAAAUAAAAAGGUUGCAGAUCUUUCUACAGCAUAGCAAAUGUACUACCUUAUUUGCCAAUAAGGUUUAUUAGAUCUUUUUUUCUUUUUUUCAAGAAUAAGCUUUAAGUAGUAUGUACACUAAAUAAAAAUGCUGCAGAUCUUUCUACAGCAUCGCAUAUGUACUACCUUAUUUGCCAAUAAAAUUUAUUAGAUCCUUAUAAUA